AUGCCUCCGCCACGGGCCCCUUGGCGUGACCUUUUCGGCGCACACCUCUCUCAAUCCUCAUCACCUGAAUUCACCCUAUCGACCGUUGCCCAUGACGCACAGGGCCGCCCUGUCCCGCGCACGCGAACCUGCGGCUUCCGCGGGUGGUUCCCGUCGCCAGAUCUACACGCAAGCGCGAAGAAGGCGCUAGCGGCCCAAGACGAGCGCGAGAAUCCUUCUGUGUACGAAAGUGAUAUGAUUUCCUUUACUACAGACGUGCGGAUGGAGAAGGUGGGGCAGUUAAAGCAGUCUGGGAAUGCGGUUGAGGCGGUAUUCUGGUUGAAAGAGUCUGGGAACCAGUGGCGGGUGCGAGGGGAGGCGUUUGUGUUUGGGGAUCCACAAGGCGGAGAGGAGGAAGAGAAGGCGAGAAAGAAGAUCAGUAAGGGAAUGAGGACUCGGGGUGAUGGUGGUGGUAAUGAGAAGGAUUGGGGUUGGGAGAGACAGGUAACGACGUAUUUCGCGAAUCAUACGCCAGUUCUUCGAGGAUCUUUCAAAAGUCCUCCACCUGGACAGCCUAGAUCGGAACAACCUAGCGACCCCAGUUUGAAACUUGGCCAGAAGGUGGAAGAUCUGCAUGACCCUGUUGCUCGUGGGAACUUCCGCGUAGUCGUUAUUAUACCCACCGAGGUCGAGCGACUGGACCUCUCAGACUAUGAAAAUCCUCAACGCUGGAAUUGGACCCUUGACAGUGGAUCGGACGAUGAUGCGCAUGGAGGUAAAUGGGAGGCAACGGAAUUAUGGCCAUGA